AUGGAGAAGACCGAUCCUAGUAUCGCCGUGACCACCGGCGCCGCGGUUGAUGAGACGGCCCCAGAUGAGAUGAUCCAUAGGCUGCGCAACCUGAAGGCGCACCAUCACUGGGAUCCCAACCUACCUGACGAUGUGGCGGAAGAGGUAGAAGAGGCGUUGCACACCACGGAUAAGGGUGCUCAGGUGGAAAUUGCCCAUGAGCUGCUGGACAACUCCCCAUACCCUGAGGUUCGCGCCGCCGUCCCGAAUAUCGACGAGGGAGGGCAUAGCAACACCAUUCGGGCGUGGACUAUUGGGUUGCUCUUUGCAACCAUUGGUUCUGGCCUCAACAUGCUGUUUUCCAUGCGUCAACCCUACAUCGUCAUUCCAUCUUAUAUCGCCCAGGUCGUUGCCUAUCCAGUGGGUAAGGCUUGGGAGCGAUUCAUGCCCAGCAAGAAGUUCAAGUUCUUCGGCAUUGAUUGUAAUCUGAACCCCGGUGUCUUCAGCAAAAAAGAGCAUGCGCUAGUGGUCAUCAUGGCAAACGCCACAUUCGGUGGUGGCGCCGCUUACGCGACAGAUGUUCUAUUGGCGCAGCGUGCCUUCUACGGUCAAAACUUCGGAUGGGGUUUCGAGAUCCUUAUGUGCAUCUCCACACAGAUGUUGGGCUUUGGUAUUGCGGGUUUCUUCACCAAGUUCCUGGUGCAGCCCGCGGCCAUGAUCUGGCCCUCGACUUUGAUCAAUACUGCCCUUUUCUCUGCGCUGCAUGACCACUCCAAGCCAGACCCCCGAAAGACCUCGGGUUGGAAAAUUGGUCGGUAUCGCCUCUUCCUGUACACAAUGCUCGCGUCCUUCUUCUGGUACUGGUUCCCUGGUUAUAUUGCUCCGUUCCUGAGCGUUUUUGCCUGGGUGACUUGGAUCAAGCCGAAUAACGUGAUUGUAAACCAACUAUUUGGCGGAUGGACCGGUCUGUCCCUCAUUCCAAUGACCUUUGACUGGACCCAGAUCUCGGGUUUCAACUUCAGUCCCCUGAUUGCACCAUGGUACGCCAUGGCAAAUACAAUGAUUGGCAUGGUGAUCUUCUUCUGGAUUGUGACUCCAGCUCUCCACUAUAGUGGCAUGUUUUACUUCAAGUAUCUGCCAAUCAGUGACUCGGACAGCUACGACAACACUGGUGGCGCGUACAACGUGUCCAAGAUUCUUACACCCGAGUUCACAUUUGACGCCCAGAAGUACUCCGAAUAUUCGCCGCUAUUCCUAUCCACUACAUUCGCCCUGUGUUACGGACUGUCAUUCGCAGGUAUCAUUUCUGUCAUUCUCCACACCGGUCUCUUCCAUGGCUCGGAUUUGUGGACCCGAUUCCGCAGUGUUGGUGAUGAGGACGAGGACGUGCACAAUCGAUUGAUGUCGCGUUUCAAGAAAGUUCCGAUCUGGUGGUACGGUGUAGUGACCCUGGUCAUGAUUGGGAUUGCGCUGGGUGUGUCCCUUGGUUAUCCAACUCACUUGAGCUGGUGGGCCUUUUUCAUUGCACUGAUCAUUGCUGUCGUGUGGUUCAUCCCUCUGGGAAUUGUCAAGGCGUCGACCAACAUCGAUAUUGGACUGAAUGUCUUGACCGAAUUCAUUAUCGGUUACAUGCAACCUGGCAAGCCCAUGGCAAUGAUGCUGUUCAAGACCUAUGGGUACAUGAGUAUGUACCAGGGAAUGUACUUCUCUCAGGAUUUGAAGCUCGGACAUUAUAUGAAGAUCCCGCCGCGUGUGACCUUUGCUGCGCAAAUGGUUGCUGGUGUUUGGUCUUCCAUCGUGCAAAUCGCUGUCAUGAAUUGGGCGCUGGGUGCUAUUUCAAAUGUCUGCGAUCAACACCAGGUCAACCACUAUUCCUGUCCCAAUGGACGAGUCUUUUUCAAUGCCUCUGUCAUCUGGGGUGUCAUUGGCCCUGCUCGCAUUUUCUCCGUUGGCCAGAUGUACUCGCCCAUGCUCUUCUUCUGGAUCGCCGGUGCUGUCCUCCCCUUCGUCAUCUACUUUGGUGCUCGUGCCUUCCCCCGCAGCCCCAUCCGGUACUUAAGUGCUCCGUUGAUUUUUAGUGGAUCUGGUUUGAUCCCCCCGGCCACCCCUCUUAACUACCUCAGCUGGGGCAUUGUCGGCUUCAUCUUCAACAAAUUCAUCCGUGACCGCUGGCGCGGCUGGUGGAUGCAGUAUAACUACGUUCUAUCCGCAGGCCUGGACGUCGGUCUUGCCCUGUGCACUAUCCUAAUCUUCCUCACUCUCAACCUGACUGGGACCGAUUUCCCUACCUGGUGGGGUACCUCAAUUGCCUCCAACACCAUGGAUGCCUCCGAUACCGCGAUCCAGGUUGUUCUUCCCGAAGGCCAGAAGUUCGGCCCCACAUCAUGGUAA